AUGAUGACAUCUUUGGCCCUAGUAUCCAUGGUGAUGCUAACUAUGAAGGGACAAGUAGGGAAGAGGGUGGAAGACCAAUGUAGGCCACAGAAUGUUGGGGCAGAAAAGGAUCAGAAGGUUGGUGGAACAUGUGGGGCACAGGAUGUUGGCUCGCCGCCGUGGGGGGUGUGGGGUUGUCCACGUAAGAGACUAAGUUCUGAUUUUAGGGAUGAAAUUCCAUCACCUCAAGCAUUCAGAGAGUUGCUUAGGGAAUACAACAUCAGACAUGUCUAUGACCUCAGGGGUGUUGCAUCUGGUGGCUCAGCCGGAAGGGAAAGAGGUUCUAGAAAGGGAAGUUUUGGUGCUACUACUGGAAGGCAUGCUUCUGAUCCUACUUUGACAACAUUAUUUGGGAGGAUCAGGGCACGAACGCAGACACUGUCCACUGCUUCUAAGAAUUAA